GUGACCGUACUGGUAUGAAGUGUGAGCAGUAUAUCGCUUCUGCAAUACUUGUAUUUACAUUGUACUGGUAGACGUGGUACAUAUUGUGAUAGAAGGUGAUCUUACGCCACCGUCAAGAACUUCCCAGUCGAUACCACGGAGCCCAAAUGGCCAACGUCGUGGAGAAUGUCUUCGAGUUGUUUUCCAAUGUCGGUCUGCCGACUGUUUUGAUAUUCGUGGUAGUGCUGUUGUCAAGUCUGUGGAUGCUGUCGUCGAGGAAUCCUCGGGUGAACUGGCCGCCCGGACCUGUCUGUUUCCCCGUGGUGGGAUGUCUCCCACAGAUGAUGAUCAGCGGUAGGAGAAGACAACCGACAGAUUUUCUUCCAUGGUAUGAUACGUACGGAGAUAUCAUGCACGUCAAACUUGGCGAACAACACAUGAUAAUGCUGGGGACUUAUGAGCUGAUCCAAGAGGCUUUCGUGAAGAAUGCAGCCACAGUCAGUGCUAGACCUACAUGGAUAUAUCUUGUAAAGCACAUAGUCGGAAAGGACGGGUCUGGAGUUAUCUUUAAAUCCGGGCACAAAUGGAAAGAACUGAGGAGAUUCACGCUCUCGUCUCUUCGAGAUCUCGGCCUCGGGAGAAAAAGUUUACAAGAGAGAAUUCAGGAUGAGGCAAGAUACUUGGUGCAAAACAUUGAAGAUGAAAAUGGAAAAACUUUCUCUCCAAAAGAAAGGGUUGGGCACGCUGUCAGCAACAUUAUUUCAACCAUUGUGUUUGGAGCUAGAUAUGACUAUAAUGAAACCCCAGAAAUGCUGUCAGUUUUAGAACAAUCUUUAAAAAUUGGCCAGGGAUCACUGACCCUGACUGACUUGGCGCGUUUCUUUUUACCGGUUAAAAAGAUAUUGGCUCUUUGUGACAAGUUUUAUAGUUUGGUACGACAAGAAGUCGAUCGACACCGCCAGUCCUUCGAUCCAAAUGACAUCCGGGACUUCAUUGACCUCUACAUAAAGGUCACCCAGGAUGGACAUGAUCCCGAGGUCUACACAGAAUGGAACGUAUUCCGCAUCAUUGUUGAUCUAUAUUUGGCUGGCACGGAAACCACUGCUAACACUUUGAGAUGGUCCCUGGUUCAUAUGGUAAAUCAUCCGGACGUUCAGAAGAGGGUGCAGCAGGAAAUUGAUCAGGUCAUAGGUCAAGGUCGUGUGGCCAAUAUGGAGGACAAGGCCAGGAUGCCGUUCACGGAAGCAACCAUACUGGAGGUCCUUCGUAUGUCCCCUGUUGCCCCCCUUGGAGCUCCCCAUGCCACCAGUGAAACUACAAAUUUGGCCGGAUACACUAUCCCCAAGGACACCAUGAUUGUGGCGGAUUUCUACCGGAUUCUUCACGAUGAAAAUAACUUCCAGGAUCCUUACAAGUUCAAACCAGAAAGAUGGCUGGAUGGCCAUGGUAAAGUGGUCAAGUCGGACAAAAUGAUACCGUUUUCCAUAGGACCCCGUGUUUGCUUGGGAAAGGGACUGGCUGAAAUGGAAUUAUUCAUUUUCUUGACCACGUUGCUUCAGAAUUUUACCUUCAAGAUACCAGAUGGCGAGAAACCACCCGAUGGAGUUGAAGGUUCCUACGCUGACACUUUUGCACCACACGUCUAUAACGUGUGCGCCGUUAGAAGUUAGAAAGUGUGCGCCGUUAGACGUUAGAUUGAAGACGUACAGCUCAAACAUACAUGCAAAACAGCAUUCAUUAUAUUUAAAGAUGCAUAUUGAGGCAGUACUUAUUAUAUAAUUUGCCUCUUGAUUUCUUCCCUUGUGAUAUGAACACUGAAUGGAAUGUAUACGUUGAAAACACUAUGCAUAUUGGCUUGCAGUCAGGAGGCCAUAUUCUAUACCUACUUUUUAAAACAGACUUUCGAAAAGACUGUCAUUUAUCGUUUCCAUUCUUAUGUAGGGCAUCUGGAGGAAUUUUUAAAUGCUGUCUCGUUCCCAUCACUAUUCCCUUAAAGUAAGGGUACACCCCUAAUUGUUGGCCUUUGCCAAAGUUUCUUUAAAGGUGGUUUAUUUUAUCUACUUGCGUUACCUAUUCAUAUCAGACCUUCGGAAUUGAAGCGCAAGUCAACCUUAUGAAUCGGCAAUUUUCAAUCUUUAUCGUCAAACAAGGUAAUGAUAAUACUAGUAUCAAAUAUUGUAGUUAAUAGGUUUUGAGUUGAUUGGUAUGAUAUGUGUGCAUAUGUGUGCAUGAAAGAAGAAAGUGAGGGAUAAAUAGGAAGAAGUGAAUAGCAUUGUAUUGUAGAUUGUAAGUUGCAUUUCUUAAGUUUAAUUUUAAAAAAUUAUAAUAAUAUCAAACAUUAGCAAUUUUCAUUAUUAUUACAUUUUCUAUGUUGAAAGUAAGCUGUAGUAACACUACAGGGGCGGAUCCAGGAUUAUUUGAAGGGGGGUCCGCGGAUGGGAAGCCGACCCUCCCUCUCCACCCCC